GCAGAGGUAACAGUCCGUGCGUUCACGAGCUCUGUAAUCGAGUCCGAUCAAAACACGUUUGAUUCGGUUUGACUGUACGGCGAUAACACGACGCGCGUGCCGCGACUCUCUUGAUAUUUGAAAAAUGUGUGUAGCGACGAGCAGAGAGGCAGGCUGGGGAAAACGGAGAGGGGGAGGAGAUGAAGCCAAAGAAACGCCGUGAAAUUGCAUAAAACAUGCCAUUGAGCGCUCAGCUCACUUCCACACUCAUCUGUCUCCGCGCGGACUGGAUGUUAAGAGUUUACGCUGCGUUACAUGGACCAGUAUCUCCUCAGCCGCUCCUUUUAACAUGUUGGAUGUAUGCGUUAUUUUAAAGGAGAGAGCGUUGUAGAAAGCGGCUUCUGAAAGCCGAAAAGGAGGAACUUUGAACAGACUCUGUCCAGACUUCAGAGGGUUUUUACAACUAAAAUGCACUUAUUUGGAAUUUCUGUCUUCUGUCUCGCAUUGCUUUAUGCAAACCUUGCUUUGGAGUCAAGUCACGACUAUUAUGAUUAUGACCAUGACCAAGAUCAAGGAGAUAUCCUGGAAGAAACGGAGCCAGACCUGGUGGAGCAGUUGCGUUCUGCGGGCAGCGUGGAUGAACUCAUGAGGAUAGUUUACCCCAGCUACUGGAGCAUGCUGAAGUGUCGUUCUAAAACAGGAGCUCGCUUUCCUCACAGAGAGCCCGGCUCCACAGAAACAAGGUCGGAGGAGGCCUCCUUUGCGGCUGCUUACUUCAACUUUGAAAUACUUAAAAGUAUUGAAACAGAGUGGAGAAAGACCCUGUGCAUGCCACGCCAAGUUUGUUUAGAUGUGGGGAAAGAGUUUGGGGCAGCUACAAACACCUUCUAUAAACCACCCUGCGUGUCUGUCUACAGAUGUGGGGGCUGUUGUAACAGUGAAGAACAUAAGUGCAUGAACAUCAGCACUUCCUACAUCAGCAAGACGCUGUUUGAGAUCACCGUUCCUCUCAAACAAGGGACCAAGCCAGUCACCAUAAGCUUUGCCAACCACACUUCCUGCAGCUGUCUGUCAAAACUGGAUGUGUACAGACAACGACACUCAAUUAUACGAAGAGCCUUACCAGAAUGUCAGGUGGCAAAUAAAACAUGCCCGAAAACACACAGCUGGAGCAAUCGCUUAUGCAUAUGUGUACCAAUGCCUGACACUCUUCUGUUAAAAACACAAUCUGACUCAUUUGAGCAGGAUUUCUGCGGGCCAAACAAGGAGCUGGAUGAAGAAACCUGUCAGUGUGUCUGUCGAAAGCAACUGAGAACAGCAGGCUGUGGACCAAACCGCUACCUGGACAAGAACACCUGUCAGUGCGUGUGCAAAGUGCAGCCCUCCUCCUGCGGGCCGCAGCAGAGCUUCAACAAGGACACCUGCCAGUGCACCUGUGCCAAGGUGUGCCCUAAGAGUCAACCCCUGAACCGCAGCAAAUGUGUGUGCGAAUGCACAGAGACCCCUAACAAGUGCUUCUUAAAAGGGAGGAGGUUUCAACCGGCCACAUGCAGUUGCUCCAGAGCACCAUGUACUGUGGAGCCCAGGAAACGGAGAUGUAAGGAGAGCGAGUAUUUCAGCGAGGAACUGUGUCACUGUAUACCCACAUACUGGGGGAGACUGGAGUAAAGACGGGCAACAGGGCAGGUUGAGGCGCUGAAUGCCAGCGGAGACUCUGGCAAGUGGAGCAGUGCUAAUAUUCGGCUGCUGCUUAUCUGACUCACAUGUGCCAGUCACGUGGACUAGCACGGAGUAGCGAUUCGUCAGUGGGACACAAGAAAUGUCCAGAUAUCAAACAUGGAGUGAAGGACCAAUAGAGAUGUCUAAAGGCGGGAGCCAUGUUCUUCUCGUCGUUUUAAAUGUCUAUUCGUUAUUUGUCAGAUAUUGACUAUAUAAUUUAUUGCCAUGAAAUGUUUUGAAACGCCCUUAUUCAUAGCCAUUUCAGAUCUUUGCAAGAACAACACUGUUAUCGAUAUUUUUGUAUCAUGUCGAGUCCCGUAAAAUAAAAUAUAAAGUUGUAUUAUAUAUUGUUAACUUAUUUAUAAGCUAGACUAUCUUAUUGAAAUAAUACUGCACACGUUUCAAAUGUAUUCAGUUUUGACUACCAAAUAUAUGCACCUAUCCUGAUUCAAUUCUAUCAGACAAUUCAAGCUGGUGGUAAUAUGAACGACUUGUGUUUUUGCGCUGGAAACGUUGCUUGUUGACAAUCGGGGACACCAGGACUCUGCAGCAGUGCAUUCCAGUGGAACAUGGAGAAACUGUGGGAUUUUAAGAGGACAAAUGAUUUUAAAGUCUGGAUAUGGACCAAUAACAACUAAAAAGGGGUGCUACAUGUAUGCACUUCCAUAAGUUAUGUGCUGUGCAUUUGGAUGGAUUCCCAGCCUACAAUCGAAUCCAGAAUGCUUCUUUUAAUGGAUGCAGUAGAAAGUGUGAUGGUGGGGUGCAGAAUGGCUUUUACGUAUGGAGAUCAGUGGACUUUUUGUACAGUAUGGCCUGACCGUGUAUGUAGUGUGCAAUGUAGUCAACAAGCAUGUCAGUGAGUGACCGAGAACACAGAAUGGAUGUUUAAAUACAAGCAAUGCGAUUGGCCCGGAUCCACCUCAUAUCCACCCUUGACACUGUAAAUAUAAUAAAUCACCUCAGCUUCCAUCCCA